AUGACGAAAAUAAAUAGUAUCAUCCUUAUGAUCGGAGUAAUCCUAUCCCUACACACCGUAUUAGCUUUACCAGCCGAGAAGUUGGGUAUGGCUUUACCUCCAGAAGAGCUGGUGAUCGAAGAUGAUUUCGGAGUAAUCGGAUCGGACGAACAGCAGUAUACGAUCGGAGUAGAAGAUGAAAAAGAUGAAGAGUCAUGGACAAUAUGCGGUUCAUACGUAGAUGUUCUUGCUGAUGAGACCUCUGAGACACCCGAUGUAGCACUAUGUCGUAGAGCAUCCACAGGCGGUGGAGGAGGACGUGCGGGAAGUGUCAGUAGCGGAAGUAGUGCAAGUAGUGGUAAAUCAUCUUCAUCAGGUUCAUCCUCGUCGGGAUCGAAAUCAAGUACGGGAGGAGCAGCUGGUGUAGGUGCUGGCACGGGGGCGGGUGCAGCUGGAGCAGCUGGAAGGAGGAAAAAUAACACCAGUAGUGCAUGCCCGACCAGAUCGAUGGUCGGCAUGAGCAUGGAUGGAACGAAAUCUCCUAUUUUGCUUUUGUCGAUUACAUGUCUUUGUUUGGGAGGUAUAAUGAAUCUGUUCUGA